GUCAGCGGAAGUCUUUUGCGCAUGCGCGAGCGAGGUCACAUUGGUUCAGUUUGGUAAUGUUUUGAGAAACACCACUACAAUGGAAGCAGCAAACGCAGAGGAGGUCCACCUGAGGCAUGUGGAGAAAGAUGUCCUGAUCCCCAAAUUGAUGAGAGAGAAAGCCAAGGAGCUCUGUGCCGAGAAAGUUGAAGCCUUCUCCCACUGCUGUAAAGACGCUGGUUUCCUCAUGGCGUUCAAGUGUCGAGAGGAGAACGCAGCACUGAAGGAAUGUCUCACGAUACACUACAAAGACCCCGGCUUCUAUGAGCAGUGUAAGCAGGAGUACAUCCAAGAGAAACUGGAGUUUGAGAGGACAGGGGUCGCAUCAAAGAACAGGAAACAAAAACUCCCAACUAGCAUGUAAUGAGCAACAUGGCACCCAAACAACUUCUCUCCUUUGAGCGCAAAGGUGCGGGAUGUGAGGCUCUGGCCAGAACCAGCGCUUAGUUCUGCAUACCCAGGACACAUGGUCAUCUGUCAUGGUUUAUUACUCUUAAAGGCACCAGACUGUGCACUUCAUUUAAAUCUGUGGAGUGACUGAAACUGGUUUGGUGUGCAAGAGUGGUAUAUAAUCAAAACAAUGGCUUUUUUUGGUUCUGUGUAUUUGCAACAUGUUCUACAUCAGAUUGCCUGAAGAUCGGCAGCAUUUCCAUUACAUUUACUAAUCAGCUUAUUGACAGAAUAUACAGAUAUGAUCAUACAGUCACCUCCUGUACCUAAACCUGAAAGAUCUUCAUUAGAGUGUAGAGCUUUAGCUUUGAAUGUGUGCAGUCAUAAUUCAGGGAUGAUUAAUAUAUUAUUUGCCAGGCAAAGAUGUAGCAUAUAUAACUACAUCUUUGCCUGGCCUCACAGCUUGGUAUUUCAUCUGCAGAAGAAAGUGGAAGGCUUCUUUUGUUAUCAAAAAUAAUUUCAUAAACACUUGGAAAUUUAAGAUGCUUGUACAGUGUAUGUAAGUGAGCAAUGCACCAUGUGUGGUCUUGUGAUAUAUGCAAUGAAUUGUGGCAUUGUAAAUAAAAAUAUUCAAUAGCAAUAAA